GCUGUUUGAAAAUUUUUCUCAAAUUUGUUUGAUUUCAUGAAACCCUCUUUCGAUUUCACUUUGUAUUCCUCAGGGAAAGGAAUUCUCCCGUAAACUGUAUUGUGAUGAUCAGUUUGUUACCUUCAUUAUCUCCCAUUUCGAAAUUUGUUCUUUCUCUGCAAAAGAGAAUACCAGAGUAAAGUACUACUGUAAUCAGCCAUCUUCAGCGAUUAUUCUUAUUAGGGUUUGGAGGUGUAAUAGCAAUAUAGCAUUGCCAUUGGAAUUUGGAAGGAUGGUUGAAUAUUCAGAUGAUGAAACAGAGAUUAUGCAUGCUGUUUCCAACUAUGAUUUUGUUGAUCAGUUGAAAUACUCCAUUUCAUUUUCGGAAUUACCAGUUAGAUGGAAUGACAUGGAGAGGCUUGAUGGACAGCGUAAACUUAUAUUCUUGCACGGGUCUGGUGAUGAUGGGCUUCAAACAAUUUAUAAGCAGGUCCUAGAGUGGAAGUUCAAUAUAUCUGAUGGAAUACCAGAGAUAUCAGUUCUCUCAAAGGGAAAUCGUUGGAUCUUGCUUCAAAAGCCUAGAAAGUCUUAUGAGAGGAUAAUCAGGACUAUCUUGAUUACUGUUCACUGCUUAUGCUUGAUGAAGAAUGAUCCUGAAUUAUCCAGGAAAGCCCUUUGGGGGCAGUUAUCUAGGGUAUUCAGCUCCUAUGAUCCAAGGCCAUCAGAGAAUGAUUUGGUAGAUCACAUAGCUCUAAUUGGUGAAGCUGUUAGAAGAGACAAAACUUUAUCCAAAUCUGCGUUUCUGAUUAAGUUUCUUGAGGAGAAGCCUCUAAAGAAGAAAUUGGAUUUGGUUGAUCAGGACUUUCGGACCAUGGCAAGGCCUGAAUUCAUUGUUGAUGAUCAUAUAGAAGAAAAUGAUGAAGAAGAAGGGUCUGAUGACGAUGAUGCCUUGUUUGAUACUGUCUGUUCCAUUUGUGACAAUGGAGGUGAACUUUUGUGUUGUGAUGGAAGGUGCUUGAGGUCAUUUCAUGCUACUGAAAAUGAUGGCUCAGAAUCUGCAUGUGUGACUCUUGGAUAUUCUACGGAUCGCAUAAAAGCAAUGCCAAUUUUUUUAUGUGGAAAUUGUCAACACAAACAGCAUCAGUGCUUUGUUUGUGGCAAGUUAGGCUCAUCUGCUAAAUCAGCUGGUGCAGAGGUAUUUCCAUGCAUUUCAGCCACCUGUGGUUAUUUCUACCACCCACGUUGUGUUGCACAGCUUCUCCAUCAUUUUAAUGCAGAUGAAGCAGAAAAGCUUGAGAAGAAGAUUGCUUCUGGGAAAUCAUUCACCUGUCCUAUUCACAAGUGUCAUAUCUGCAAACAGGGAGAGGACAAGAAUGACUUUGAUUUGCAAUUUGCUGUGUGCAGACGUUGCCCCAAAUCCUAUCAUAGAACAUGCAUGCCCAGGGAGAUCACUUUUGAGAGUCAGGGAGGAUUGAUGCCGAGGGCAUGGGACAAUCUUAUUCCAAAACGAAUUUUGAUAUAUUGCUUAGAUCAUGAAAUUGAUGAAGUACUUGGAACUCCAAUGAGAAAUCACUUAAAAAUUCCAGGUGCAUGGCAAAAUAAGAAAAAAUAUGCAUCAGAGAAACUCUGGAGGAUAGAUAGAAUUGUUUCAAAGGAUAGUACUAGUAGUUUGGCAAAAGUUCACAAGCAAACUGGGAGAUCAUUAGCUAUUUCAAAUGGAAAGAAAGUUGUUAAUUCAUCUAAAAUUCCUCAGAAGAUCACUACUUCGCCUACAGUGAAUAUAGCCUCUAGGAAUGGCCAUGGGCUUUCUUUGGGAGAUCAACUGCAUGCAUUGUAUACCAAGAGUUAUAAGGGUGUUAGAAUCGGGAAGGAGGAAAUGCCAGAUCGCAAAGGUAAAAAUACCAUGUCAAAUGAGCUUCAUACAAAGGUAAGGAGCGAUGACUACGAGUUAUCUCUUGAUGCUGAUUCUCAAAGGAGAAUACUAGACUUAGUCACAGAAGCUUCUUCUAUGAUAACAAUGAAAGACAUCAUAGAGAACAGCAAGCUGCCUAUAACACAUGCAAACUCAUCAAAGAAUUAUAUUGAUAAGUAUAUUACACUGGGUAAAGUGGAGGGAUCCAUUGAGGCUAUUCGCGAAGCUUUACAUAAGAUAAAUGGUGGCUGGGACGUUAAAGAUGCGAAAGCUGUUUGUGAGCCUCAACUUCUGCAUCAGAUUGAGAAAUGGAAGACCAAGCUAAGAGUGUACCUUUCUCCAUUUCUUUAUGGUAUGCGAUAUACUUCUUAUGGACGUCAUUUUACCAAGGCAGAGAAACUGAAAGAGAUUGUUAAUAUUGUUCAUUGCUAUGUACAAGAAGGUGAUAUGAUUGUAGAUUUCUGCUGUGGUGCCAAUGAAUUUAGCUGUUUUAUGAAGAGCAAAAUGGAUGAAACUGGAAAAAAGUGCUUCUACAAAAAUUAUGAUUUAAUACAAGCUAAGAAUGAUUUUAACUUUGAGAAGAGAGAUUGGAUGGGUGUCCGUCCAAAAGAAUUGCUAGAAGGAUCUAAGUUGAUCAUGGGGUUGAAUCCACCUUUUGGAGUCAAUGCAGCUCUGGCAAACAAGUUCAUUAAUAAGGCUCUUGAGUUUAGACCUAAGCUUCUUAUUCUUAUUGUUCCACAAGAGACAGAAAGGUUGGACAGAAAAUGUACUCCUUAUGACUUGGUUUGGGAGGAUGUCAAGUUUCUUGCUGGAAAGUCCUUUUAUUUACCUGGAUCUAUGGAUGUAAAUGACAACCAAUUGGAAGACUGGAACCACAUUCCGCCACCAUUGUAUCUUUGGAGUCGCCAGGAUUGGACAGCUACACAUAGGAAGAUAGCUGAACAGCAUGGGCACGUAGAUCAAAUCCAACGCAAAACUAAUGAAGGGCAGUGUAUUGGAAAUUCGAAGAAAAAGAAGAAUAUGAGAUAUGAAGGAAGUGUUGGGGUACAACCUGUGAAUCAAUUGUUAGGAAAGAGGAAGAGGGAAAAUCAAUAUGUUGAUCCAUUCUCAGAUGAAGAGAUGAGACACAUAAGAGAAAUGAUUGAAGGAGAAAUUGUAGAAUCAAUGGAUGUAGAUGAAAUGCUUAAAGAUGAUCAGAACCUGCAUUAUUCAUCAAAACCAUUAGGAGUGAAGAAGGAUAGUUAUAAAGAGGAGUCAUCAUGCAGCUUAAUGGACAAUUUGUAUGGACAUAUGGGGGAAGGUUCAACCUUGAAAAUGAAUUCUGAUAAGUUCUUAUAUGUCGGGCAACUAAACAGCAGUGGCGGCAGCAGCAGCAGCAGUUACUUGGCAGGGACUGUUCCUGAAUUUGAACCUCUUCCUCCUCCUUCUCCUCCUUUUCUUCCACCUCCUCCUCCUCUUCCUUUUCCUCUUCCUCCUCCUCCUCCUCCCCCUCUUCCUUUUCCUCCUUCUUCUUCAUACCUGCAUGAUUUCAAUCAUUUGAAUUCUUAUGAUAUGAUGCAACAAAAUGCCAACUCACGUUUCGAGAUGAUCAUGAGAUACUCGAUGCCCCAGUUUCCUCCUCCGCAUCCAAGUGCCUUUCCAACCAGACCUGGUCAGUAUCAUCCCUUUUACCAUACCAGUAAUAGUUUCACUCCUACUCCACCACCACCUCUUCCUUAUGAAGAAAUUCUAAACUCUUGCAAUGUUAGCUUUGAUGAUCCUCCUCCUCCGGGUGUUUCUUCUGGAUCUAAUCCUUACUUUAACAAGUAUAACACAGGCGGCUGGAGGGGUUAA